CUUAAAUGAUCAUGGACUGUGUUGACAAACUCAGACGCAUGCUCAUCGACAUUUCCGGUGGGUUUCUUCCAAAAGUUACAGAAGGUACAAUCGUAAAAAAAAAUUGCCUUGAACUAUCAAUGCCUGUCCAGUAACUUUCACUCUGGAGGAGGAGAAGACAGGUCCAUACUUAGAUAGGAGGUUCACAUCUCUGUCUCUUGGAGAGAGGAAUUCACUAAAUAAUCCAGAAAUUUGGAGUAACUGCACAAAUUACUUCAGUAUGCCCAUAAGAAGAAAACGAAGUUCACCUACCUCAGAUGAUCCAAGGAAUAAAAAGGCAAAGGUUUCUACAUGGUCAAGACGUAAUGAACUAGAAAAUGAUUUCAGUUCAAAGCGAUGCAUAUCUUGGUUCCAUGAAUACACAGAUACUGAUGAAGAUGUAUUAGGUCCAGAGGGAAUGGAAAAAUUCUGUGAGGAUAUUGGUGUGGAGCCAGAAAAUAUAGUCAUGUUAUGUUUAGCAUGGAAGCUGGAGGCUAAAUCUAUGGGUUUUUUCACAAAAGCUGAGUGGUUAAAAGGAAUGACGGAACUUCAGUGUGACUGUAUAUCAAAGCUACAAGGUCGCCUUGAGUACUUACGGUCAAUGCUUGAUGAUCCUGUACAUUUCAAAAACAUCUACAGAUAUGCAUUCGAUUUUGCAAGGAACAAAGACCAGAGAAGUAUGGAUGUAGAGAAAAUGCUGGGGCCAGUUUUAUUGGAUGAAUUUGUGGAGUGGUAUCGAGAAAACAAAUCCAUGUCCAGUUGAUCAUUCCGAACCAAUGUCUUUCAGUGCUUUCGGUACCAGUAUCCACUGUGUCAGCCAAUCACUUAUAGUGCUUUUCCAUGAGGAGUGAUUAGUUGCACAAAAAUUGGGCAUUGAAUUUGAAGAUUGAAAGGGGUGACAAUUAAAUCUGCAUCUGAUACGUGCUAUUUACUGUGGAAUGUGCUGGUAUACUUGGAAGUGAAAACAUGUUUAUUUUUAGUGCUAAAAACUUAGGGUUUUUAUUAAACCAUCUUAUGUGCUAUAUGUUAUUGUAAUAUAAAGAGAAUCUUUAUAUAUUUAAAAAAAAUUAUUAAAGUGUAUAAUGUAUAAUAACAUCAGUGUAUGUAAGAAUCCUACAAAUUUAUAUUUAUACUUUGAGUUUAUCAGCGUAAUACCCAUUUCUCUCUGUAUAUUCCACUACCGCAAUUAGAGUAAUUUUGAUAGAUGGCAUUGCUCACUUCUUUUUUUUAAGCAGAUUUGUACCUAACUAUGUAAUGACAUUUUCAGUGAAUUAUACAUGCAUUUUUGAAUUCAUUAUCUAGUCUGUUUCAUCACAACCUUUGUGUUCAUUAUGCAUAUGCAAAGUGAUUUCCUCAGAAAACAUAUUACAUUUUAUUUUUUUUUUUACUGUUGUUUAUCAUACCAUGAAUGCUAUUUUGUAUUUCAGAAAAAGAAUCAUAUAUUUCACUUACCUCAAAAUUUCACAUUUAAGAUGAUUAGUUUGCACAACUUUCAAAGUCUUACAUUCUUUUGAAUUUGAGGGUAUUUUCAGUGUAUUGAUGCUAGGAAUUUUAUUUGCCACCAUUUUUUUUAAUGGCCAGUAAAUCUUUAUUAUAAAGUCUGUUUUUGUUUGGCAUUUCAAAUUGAUGAUGUGCAGGUACAUGUAGUUUAAGAGGGGGAGUGUUGUCUUCCUGUAAGUGACAUUUCUUGCCAUUGUCAAAAUUUUGUUCUCACCAUAAAUAGCUACACAUCCCCAGUUUUGGACAAGAAAUGCAGAUAGAAUGAUUGUCAACAUGUGUAUUUUCUGAAAGCAUUGAAGAUACCAAAGAAGCUCUGUUGGGUAUUUGUGUUUUGUUUUAUUUAUGCUCAAAAUAUUGUUCCUCAUAAGCAGAUGUUUUAGUUCAAGAGAAGAUAGGAAUUACCUACCUUUGUAGAUCAAGCUAUUUUGUCACACCAAGAGAAUUAUAAGUGUCUUUUAUAUUUUGUUGAUAUUGUAAUAUUAAUUUAGUGUAAGUGCUGAAGUUGUCAAUUUUUGUGACACAUCCCUCCAUACCCCCACCCCCUUGCAAGCUAUACACAAUUAUCAGGUUUUGUUGAAAUGACAAAAAAUAAAUAGAAAUAUAGGAAUAUUUUGCUGUAGAUCACUUAUUUUUCGUGACACCUUAUUUUCGCGAGAUAGUCAUUGACUCUUUAUUAGCGAGACAAAAUUCUCAUGAAUUGUGGUCAUUGCUCUAUGUAAUCUUAUGGAAUUCUAUUAUACGUGAGAAUGGAAUUUUCACGAGUAUACCGUCUCACGUUAUUAUGCGAGAAUAAAGUUCUUGUGAAUAAGUCCUAGUUUUAUAUGUACAUGUAUUUCUUCAGACAAAAUUUGCAAUAAUAUGCAUAUGUGCUGUGUAAACUACCUAUGCAAAGAUUAGGAUAUAGUGUCUAGUUGUCUGUUUCCAAAUCAAAAUAUUAAAAUGUCAGCAUAAUAAAAUGUUUAUAGUUUAUCAAAUAAAUGAUGACUUUAAAGAUACAUAUAAAUUUUGAAAAAUUGUUAACCUUUAGUUUCAAAUUGAAUAGGGGAAUUUUUUUAAUCAGUCUAUAACCUGGUAUUAUAUGUAGUAUGACUUAAAAAGUUCUUAAAAGUUUGUUUCAUAAUUAUGAACAUUAAUUUAAAAAGGGGGUGUUAUACAUUACUAAUUAUUGAAAGAAAGAAAAAAAAACAUGCUAGGACAGAGAUUCAUUUUUUUUGUGAUUUCUUUUCUUAAUGUAAAGAAAUAUUUCUUUAUAUAAUAUAUAAAAUAUAUCAUAAAAUGUGUAUCCCAUGGGAUUAAGCAUAUUGGUUAAAGCAGAUUUUCGAUUAUAACUUUUGUCUUUUGUUCUUGUAUAAAUGGUUGUAAUUGCAAGAAGAAUAUACAACUUACAUAAUUUAUGAUGCUUCCCAAGUAUUUCAAUGUCUUUCCACCAUUUGAUUAUCAAGCAUUUGAAUUAUAAAUUUUACCUUAAACUAGAGGCACCUACAUGGAAACAUUGCAUUUGAAAAAUAAGUCUGCAUGUAUAUCAUAUCUUUAUUGAAAAAUAUGUCUGUAUUAAUAUUUCAUCAUAUCUUUACUUCUGCAUUUACCAAGAUUUCUUCCUAUGACUGUCAGACUUAAUAUUACCAAUUUCUUCUGUUGACACACUGAAUUAGCUCAAAAUUUAACUCAAAAUUAAUGACACAUUGUAUUGAUCAUUUAUGUACAAGGUUUUGGUAAAUUUUAUUUUUAACCUUAAUAGAAUUAAUUAUCAGAUGUAAACCAAAUAUAAAUAACAUGAACAAUAUGUGCAUUAUGUGAGAUUUUGUAUUAUAUAGUAUAUUUUAUGUAUUGUUGAAAUAUGUAUCUGUAUACAUGUAGUUGAGUACAAUAUUGAAUAUAGAAGGGACAUACUUUGAUAUAUCAGUAAUGCAGUACUUCUUGUGAAUAUUACAAUACAAUAUAUUGUCUUACAUGUACGUAGUCUUUUUAUUAAUAAGAAAAAAAUAUCAGAUGUAUGUGAGUUAUUGAUUGUCAGUUUUGAUGUUUAAGUUAGACAGUUGAGAAUGCAAUUUAUUGAAAUUUGAAUGAAAACUUGUUUGUUGAAAAUGAAUGAAAAACGGUUUGAUUUUAAACUGGGUUAGAUUUUAAAUUCACUGACUUGAUGUUAAAAAAGAUAGUUGUCAGAAGUUCAAUGUUUUAUGUUAAGGAAUGCAUGAUAGUCAAGAUUGUUGCGAUUGAUUUUUACAUAUUUGUUCAGCGUGUCAUGGACCUCCUUGUACAAAUGUGUUUGUUACUGAUGACACUAUAAAGUUCUUGACUUAUUUCAGUUAUUUUCAUCAUGGAAAAUGUUUUUGCACAUAAAAUAAAUUGAAUCAACAAAUAAACGA